AUGGAAAUUGAUACACCCCCGUCCUCUUCUAUUGAUCAACAAGAAUCUUCCUCAUCAACAACACCUAAACCAAAUACUGAAAAUGAUAAAAGUCCUCUGCCUGUAUGUAUCUUGGUACUUGGUAUGGCCGGCAGUGGUAAAACAACAUUUAUUCAACGAAUAAAUGCGUAUCUUCAUUCUCUCCAUCGUCCACCAUAUAUAGUUAAUUUUGAUCCGGCUGUUCACGAAUUACCCUAUCCAUGUAAUGUUGAUAUUCGGGAUACCGUCAAUUAUAAACAAGUUAUGAAACAAUAUAAUCUAGGUCCAAAUGGUGCUAUUAUUACAUCUCUUAACUUAUUUUCAACAACAUUUGAUCAGCUAUUAACAAUUUUGAAUAAAAAUGAACAAAAACAUGAACAUUUUAUAUUUGAUACACCCGGUCAAAUUGAAGUGUUUACAUGGUCUGCGUCAGGUACAAUAAUUACUGAAUCUCUAGGUGCCACGUAUCCAACUGUUGUUGUCUAUAUUAUGGAUACACCACGUAGUUCAAAUCCAAUUACAUUCAUGUCAAAUAUGUUAUAUGCUGUUUCUAUUCUAUAUAAAUAUCGUUUACCAUUUAUUAUUGUUUUGAAUAAAACUGAUAUUAUCCAUCAUCGUUUUGCUAUUGAAUGGAUGAAUGAUUUUGAAUUAUUUCAACAAGCGAUUGAACAACAACAUACUUACUCAUCUGAUUUAACACGUUCAUUAAGUCUGGUGUUAGAUGAAUUUUAUCAAAAUUUACGAUGUGUUGGAUUUAGUUCCAUUACAGGUGAUGGUUGUAAAGAAUUUUUUGAUGCUGUUACGGAUGCAAAACAAGAAUAUGAUCAAGUUUAUAAAGUAGAAUAUGACAAAUGGCAAAAACGAAGAGAAAAACGAGAUAAACAAAAACAAGAACAAGAUUUAAAACGUUUAAAAGAUGAUUUGAGAGAUGAUGGAGAUCAUUUAAUUGGUCAUAAAAAUUUAAAUGAUAUUGAAGACGAUACCGAUGAUGAGAAUGAUGAUGAAAGUGAAAAAGAAGACAAUGAGGAGAAAGACGAUAAACAAUUUGAACAGUAUAUGAAGAAAGUAAAACACUAA